AUGCCUGUGACUGUGGCCCCAUGGAGACGUGCACAUGCACAUGUCGCGCACGCACAUCUUGCACAAGUGCACGCACGAGCGACACGAGCACACCGUCUGAGCCGCAUUGGCUGUUUGGCUGAAACCCUGGCAGCUGCUUAUGUUUGUCGCAUACAGGCGAGACGGCUUUCGACUGUUGCCAUGAUGUCAACAACUGGUGUUCAUCAGCAGCACCUCACGAAGUGCGCCGAAGAGAUUCGCUCAGGUGUGAAAGUAGUGCAUGAGGCAUAUGAGCGAAGGAUCUCAAGUUUGGUAUCUGCUGCUGAGUCGGGCCACAGUGUGUCCUUUGCAUCAACCUUUGGCGCGUUGGCAGAUGCUGAUGGAUUUGCAUCGCUUGCGUCUGUGGAAUUGACUUUGCCUGCACUGGUCAGCGGCGAUCCGGAAGCACGAGCAGCAUCCGCCGCUGCCAAGAAAAGCCUCAGUGACAUGUGGUCCAAAACUUACACGCGACCAGAUCUCUACAAAAUCUUGCAUGCGGCCAAAGACUCCGCAGAGACAAUGGAAGAGAUUCGUCUGGUGACGGUGGUGUUGGAGAAAUUUCGCCAGUCCGGCUGCGGACUGGCUUCCGAGGACAGGGAAGAGCUCGCGUCCCUGGAUCGGCGCUGCAAGGAACUCGCCUUCCAGGUGGAACAGAACAUCAACGAAGAUUGCAGCUCGGUGGAUUUGACUGUCGAUGAGUUGUUCGGCUGCGAGGAGUCUUUCAUCCAGAGCCUUCCGAGCGCACCCGGCAGCUCGCUGAAGCGCUGCUCCCUGAAAGCACCCGUUCUCGGUCCCAUCAUGCAGAGGGCGCACAGCAGUUCAACCCGCCGGCGCAUGCUGGAGGCGAGCCAGCAGCGAUGCGAGAAGAACGGCCCACUCCUUGAGGAGAUCCUCUCCUUGCGCCAGAAAGCCGCGGAGCGCCUCGGCUUUCGCUGCCACGCCGAGCGAGUGACCUCUCAGAAGAUGGCCCGGCUGGAACGGCAGAUGCUGUGCGACAGUUCUGCGAGGACAUGCAGAGACGCCUGCGGCCUCUUCGUGAUGCUGAGCCGAGACUUUGGCUACGGGUGUGCCGAGAACGGCAGCGACGACAGGACGGUGCCGUAUGCGAGUGCUGGGCUGGAUGGUUCUCAGGAGUCAGCUGGCAAGAAGUACCACGACUACAGGGUCGAGCCAGCACCUUCGUGGGAUGGAGAAAAUCCUGAGACCGAGUUCAGACAGUAUUCGAGAGCGCUGAAGUUGUGGCUGAUCGAAGCUGAGGCCCGGCUUCCGCCGAACCUCAUCGGCAAGCGGAUCAUGGAUGUGAUCCCUUUUGGGUCAAGAUUGGCCGCUUUGCUAGCUCAGCUGUCGAUAGAUGACAUAACUUCGGAGACCGGCUACCAGCACAUCCUGAAGAUCAUCGAGGACAACCGUGAAUAUCUUCGAGACAUGAAACUGGAGCAGUCCUUUGAGCAAGCGAUCUUCAGGGGAAAGCGUCGGCCAGAUCAAUCGAUCUCAGGUUUCUUGGCCUCGAAGAAGGCCGCGUUCAGUGAACUUCGCCGCCAAGGCUUGGACCUGUUGGAGACCCAGGCCGGGAAGCAUUUGUUGGGGCACCUGCUUUUGAAGCAGGGACAUUUCACUGAGGACCAGAGACAGAGGCGCCACUGGGGCGAAUGGCCUGAGGAUGGUGCUGAGGAUGAAGAUCAGGGCUACUACGAGGACACCGGCUACCAGGACUACUUGGCCGAGGAACCGGGCGAGGACAUGGACAUGUUCGAGGAUCUCCUGGAGUUCGACGAGGAGGGCCAGGCGUACAUGGUCUUGGAGGAAAGCUUGCCCCAGAUGAUGGACGAGGCCGAUGCCGUGGAGCUGGCUGGCUCUUACCUUACCUUUGUCUUCUACGAGGCUGCCGAUAGACUGAAGGGCAAAGGAAAAGGCAAGGGCAAGAGUUCUGGCAAAGGCAAGGGCAAAGGCUUCUAUGCUGGGAAAGGACGGAAGGACAGUGGAAAGGGGCGCCGUACUCCACCUGGGGUGUUCGGCGUCUACGGCAGCUACCUCGACCACAGAAAGGCCUUGCAGGAGGCCAGGGCAUUGGUCAAAGGAGUGCCCUUUGAGACGCAAGCCGGCACCUGUGCAGCGAAGCUAGCCAGCCGAGUACCGCGAUGGGACCUGGGUGUCGCUAGUCAAGGGCCGGGUUUCCAUGUCAAUUUGACUUACCUGAGCUACACGUUUGCAUCUUCAGUGGACUUGGAGGGGCAUGCUUUAGUUGACACGGCAGCGCAGCAUGGGUUGAUCGGGGCUGUGUGCUUAAAGUACAAGUGGUACCUGGUCAUGUACCGACAUGUGUCUGCUGACAUCACUGAGUUUGGCCCGAACUUCCACAUACCGUGCUCCUAUCGGUUCCAGAACAGCGAGGUUUGGUGUAGCCGUGCAGGGAUUGAAUCUUCCCCGGAGCUUACCGUGCUUCAUGCUGGACAAGUUGCCGUUAUGCCUCCGACGCUGGCGCCGCUGCUUGCUGCGCUUGGCAUUGGCUUACGGUGUGCAGAUGCUUACAAUGUUGCACCAAGUUGUGCAGCAGCCCCGGCUCAGGGAGACCGGCAUACUGGCGGCCCGUCGCGAGCGCUUGGAGAUGAGAGCCCUGGAGCUGCACCGGGAGAGGCCGCCCUGAUGGCGGCAGCUGGAACAGGUGGACCGGCGAGGCCGCGAAACUUGGUGCCAACCGACGACCAAGACCUUCGGCGACCUUUUGUGGAACAUCGGGGCCAAUCAAAGUUCUUAGCCCCGGUGCUGAGGACCUCUCCGACGUGCCAACACACUUCGACGAAGCAUGGAGCGAACGCACAAUGGUCAUGGACAAAGUGCGAGACGUGUGGCAGUACGGAGAUGGUGCCAAAGUUGACACUGGACCGCCUGACAGAGUGGAACAGCAUCCUCGUCCACCAGAAGCCGGACUAUGUGACCCCGCAGAAGAAGUCCAUGAGUAUCACAUCCCGAGCCACGAAUCCGAUGUCUUCGCUGGAAUCAGCAGCAAUGGCCUUCAGGGGCCAGGCACAUGCGAUGUACACCCCUCCGGUGUCAUCCGGGGAGGAUGUGACCUCGGACCUGGAGAUGGACGAGGUGGCGCUGAUCCGGAAGGAUGUUCAGAAUUGGGAGAAGGAGGUAGACAACCCGAUGUGGACUCAGGCCUGCCCUCAAUGCUCGGGAACAGUCCACUUGAUGUGGGAUGCAAGCCGGCACGGCUAUCUUUGGCAGUGUCGGAAAGGAGCGGCGAAAUGCCCAUACCCGUGGGCAGACCUGGAGGAGCAGAUUACCCCAGCCUUCGGGACCCGACUCUGCACGGAGUGUCAACAGGAUGGCCUUGCGAAGGUGAAUGUGAACGGGAGAUGGGGCUGGAAAUGCCCUCGAUGCAAGGACUUCACCCUGGAGAUGGACUGGCCAGCAGUCAUCGCGGACUUCCUGCACAACGGGGGCUACGAUCUCGAGAAGACGCAUGCGGCGUUCCGCGAGCCAGGCGUGACAGAUGAUCUAUCACUCGACCCGACCGAGCUCGAAAGACAUCUCGAUUUGAGCAGGUCCGGCAAGAACUCUUGGAAUCUCCUUUCGAUACAGAAGGGCAGCUCUGCUGAGUAUGACCUGGGUGGUGAGUUUUCCGUGCUGGUGCUGCAGGAGCUGGACCAGGAUUUCCUGGGAUGUGUGGAGGACCAGAGUUAUGACCCGAUCGAAGUGACCCUCACAAAGAAUGACAAGAAGAUCCCCAUGAAGUCCCUGGACAACCUGAACUUUGGGGACGAAACCUAUUGGGACAUCCUGGAGGACCCAGAGACCUGGAACGGAGUUGCCGGGGAACCUGUCUCGGAUCAUGAGCUAUCACCGGCGAUGCCAAGUGUUCUGGCUACCACCUCCACCACUACAGCGACCACCAAGAACAACAAGCAGCAAGGAGUGCAACGACCCAGGGUACCUCCUGCAGCAGACAUCAUCGAGCGCGGCCGCACCCAGUAUGACCGUCUUCCGUGCAGUUUCGAGAUGCACAUGUGGGUUCGAGACCUCCGGGAACUUGGCCUCAAGCUGCUUUGGCAUGAGUAUUUCGGUCAGGUUGUGGUCAUCAGCCUCGAGGCAAAAACAGUUCUACUACCCAAGGUCGGGCCCGGGGCUCGCCCGAUGCGUUGGGCAGCCUGUUGCAAUGGUGACCACCCGGAGGAGUGGAACUGUGUCGAGGAGAGGGUGAUGGGUGCCUGGAACCCUCGAAUCCGGAACUAUGAGAAGGUGAUUGUCUUUUACAGGUGGCCGGUGCCACCAACCACCAACCACCAUGCGCAUGUGAGCACCACUGACAUCACGAACCAGGAGAAGGCUGCUGUGAUGCGCUGUCACGUGAACUUGGGUCACCCACAGAUUCGGGAGUUUGUUAGACUCCUCAAGGCAGCCGGGGCCCGGGAAGACAUCAUCAACUACGUUCUCAAGGAAUUCGAUUGUCCCGGGUGUCGAAUGGAGAAGAGGCCACCGACCAGACUACCAGCAGCAACGCCCAGAACAUACGAUUUUAACAUUGUCGUGGGGGUGGACAUCCUCUUCGUCCACAGAGUGAACAACAAGUUCGAAGAUCCGGUUCUCAACAUCACGUGUUGGGGAACCUUGUACAGCACCUUUGGCUGGGUGGAUAUGAAGAGGUGGACCGCCGAGCUUGCCUGGACCGCGUUCACCAGGCUCUGGAUUCGGACCUUCGGCGCUCCCCAGUACCUCGUCUAUGACCAAGGCAAUGAGUUUGUGGGCGCACGGUUCCAAGAAGGACUUGAACAACAUGGGAUUUGCCCCGUGGUCAUCAAUCGUGACGCGCCUUUCGAGAAUGGCGUCACGGAGAGGCGAGGGGGACUCUUCAAGGAUGUCUACUACAAGACUCGUGAGAUGGUGCAGCCACAAGAUGUGAGCGAGAUCGAGACGCUCAUCUUUGAGGUGUCAUGGGCACUUCAGACUUUGGUGAACCGAUCGGGCUAUUCACCGGCCCAACGAGUUCUCGGGCGCCAACCUCAGGUGGGCUUGGAGACCCUGUCCGACCAGGGUGAGUAUCAUCUGUCGACCACGCAGGACCGAGCGUGGGCGAGGGCAGAGCGAAUGCGACAGGCUGCCAGGGAAGCUCUCGUACAACUGGAUGCACGUGAACGACUUGCACGAGCUCGACGAGGACGACCCCGGCGAGAGAUCGAGAGGCUUUCUUUUGCUGAAGGCGAGCCUGUGAUGAUAUGGCGUCAAGGGCGCAGGGGUUCACUUGCCAAAGUGGGACCAUGCUUCGUGGUCUUGCAACGGGACCACACAGUCUGGGUGACACGGCGUGGCGAACUGCUGAAGUGCCACAUCUCUCAGGUUUUCCCCAUGGGCAACCUGGAGAAGCAAGGGCUUGAGAUGUUGAGAACCAGCCCGAGGCAGGCGGGAUUGGAGAUGCGAUCGAUCCCCAAGGUCCUGAAGGACCCCCUGAUGGAGGCGAAAAUCCAUCAGCACCACAAGUACUACCAGUCGACGAAAACCCAUCAGAACCACAAAUACUACCAGUCGACGAAAAUCCCUCAGAACCACAAGCACUACCAGUCCGCGAAAAUCCGUCAGAACCAGCACUACCAGUUCGUGAAAAUCCGUCAGAACCAUAUGCACUACCAGCUGGAGGGGGUAAAUCGUCAGAUCCGGCAUCUAGGCCAGCAAAGAUGCCAAGGGCAGCUGAGUGGCCACCCCACGGAGAUGGGACCUCUCUGGAGCGACGUAGUCCAGAGAAUUACCAUCAACCACGACACUGGCAAGGUGAUCUGCGUGGAGGAUGUAACCGGGAAAGAACAGUCAAAGCACCUUCACCGUGCACUUCCCGAAGGUGUGAAGACCAUUCGCACCAUUCUGGUGUACAAGAAGAUGGCUGGACACCCAGAUCCAGGGGUUUCCUACAACAGCUCAGAAGACAAGCCACCCGCUGAUGAGGAUGAGGAUGGCCGUGUGAUCAGGCGGAUCAAGAGGUCUCUGGCUGAGGCGACCGAGGGUGACGAUCAGCCACUUCAGGGAGAUGAACCACCACCACCGCGAUCGAGAGUUUUCGGUGUUUGGGUGGCGGACAAAGUGACUGAGUGGGGCGACAAGUCACGUUUCCCCGUGAUUGCCAACUCACGUGACCUGGACCUCUUCAAGAAGAUCGUCAAGAGCGACACCUUCUACCUGUACUCCGAGCUCCACUCCGGGUGGAUAUGCCUCACGAAGAAGAGUGGCAAGGAACUUCAAGAGCGUCUGCUCACCGAACAAGAACGGAAGCUCUUCAGGGAAGCUAAGCUGCUCGAGGUCCAGAACCUGGUGGCUGGGAACGCCAUCGAGUUUAUCACCGAUCCUGAAGAGAUUGCGAGGGUCCAUCGCGAACUACCUCAUCGAGUGAUGCCGAGCAGGUUCAUUAUCACAAAGAAAACGCAGGAGAUCAACCAGGCUUGGAAAGCCAAAGCACGCUGGAUAUUGCUCGGGCAUCGCGACCCCGACGCUCUCAAGGUCGAGCGACACGCGCCGACACCAGCAACAACUACCGUCUAUAUGACGUUUCAGAUCAUAGCCAGUCUGGGCUAUCGACUGACGAUAAUGGACGUGACUUCGGACUUUGGCCAAUCCGAACCGGAAGAAAGAGCAGAUGGACCACUCUAUGCCACGAUGCCACCGACCGGCAUCCCAGACAUGGACCAGUCUUGGUUGAUUCGGUUGGGCUACACUGAAAGCUCCUUCGAUCCCUGCCUUUACUUCUUGAAGUUCACCAGCGACGAAACCACCGAGCCACCACAACGCGGAUGCGCUGGAGUUGUGUUGCUGGAUGUGGAUGAUUUUGUGCAGGGAGGCAAUGCUCGACAUCAAGAAAAGAUGCAGGAACUUCGAGAACACUUCCGUUUUGGGAAGUGGAGGGACAUAUUUCUGUCACAUGGUGAGUACCUUGGAAGAACGGCGACACAAGCCGCGAACUUUGAGGUGACAGUCUGCAUGUCCCGCUACAUCAAGGAGAAGCUUCGACCGAUCGUAUUACCUCGUGGCCGAGCCAAGGAGGAGGACAGCCUACUGGACGAGAAAGAGGUUUCUCAACUACGAGGAGCUGGCGGCUCACUGCUGUGGGUCGGAAAGGAAACUCGUCCUGACAUGGCGGCGGCAUGCGCUAUGGUGCUUUCAUGGGACAAAGAGGGGCCCAGGGUUUCACACGUGAAACAGGCCAACAAAGCGAUCCAGGAGUUGCAGAAGACCGCCGAUGCGACGCUGCGCAUCCUUCCUAUCAGUCUGGAACGUGGUUUCUGGAUGUCAAUCUCCGAUGCCUCGGUUGCAAAUGAUGGGAGCAAAUCGCAGGGCGGCUUUCUCAUCGCCUAUGCGGACAAGGAGAUUGUGGAUGGAAGGCGUGCAAACUUCAGUAUAAAUUCCUGGAGGUCUCAUCGCCUGCGCAGAGUGGUCAAGGCAAGCUUGGGUUCAGAAGCUCUGGCUAUGGACGACGCACUGGCAGAGUUGGAAUGGGUGCGAGCCCUUUUCAGCGAAGUGUGCAUCCCGGGGACCACAGUCUAUGAUGGUACCAGGCUCUCAAGUGAUGAGAGUGUGGCAAUGGUUCGCCAAUCUGACGAGAACGAGACAAGCAUCACCAUCACGGACGCCCGGGCCCUCUACGACCUCUUCCACCGCCGGAGCGGAUCAGCUGGCCUCGACCGUCGUGCCCAGAUCGACGUUGCUGUUAUGUGCCAUAGUGCUCGACUGCUCAAUGUGAAGGUUCACUGGUUGCCUGGACACUACAUGUUAGCAGAUCCCCUCACCAAACGGUUGGGGAACAGUAAACUGCUGUGUGGUGUCAUGCGAAUGGCUAAGUACGCCAUCAAAGAAGAUGCUCUGAAGAGCCUUCUGCAGGAAUUGUCGGAGGAACCCCCUGAUGGAUGUGAAGAUAAUGGCCAUGUUGCCCGACAGAUUCCUGCUGAGUGA